CAGUGUGACUCUCCCUCGGCACCGUCCCAUCAUGGGCUCUCUCCCAACCCCACGACCAUAAGACAUAGGAGCAGAGUUAAGCCAUUCAGCCCAUCGAGUCCCCUCCACUAUUUCAUCAUGGCUGAUCCUGAAUUCCAUUUAACCCCAUACAGCUGUCCCAACCAAUCAGGAAUCUGUCAACUUCCAGUAUAAAUAUGCCCACAGACUUGGCCUACACCGCAGUCUAUGGCAGAGCAUUCCACAGAUUCACCACUCUCUGGCUAAAAAAAUCCUCCAUUCUUCUGUUCUAAAGGGUCGCCCCUCAAUUUUCAGGCUGUGCUCUAGUUUUGGAUACCCCCAUCAGAGGAAACACCCUCUGCAUAUCCACUUUAUCCAGUCCUUUCAACGUUCAGUAGGCUUCAAUAAAAUCCCUACACAGUCUUCUGAAUUCCAGUGAGUACAGGCCCAAAGCUGCCAAAUGUUCCUCAUAUACCAAUCCUUUCAUUCCUGGAAUCCUCUUCAUGAACCUCCUCUGGACUCUCUCCAAUGACAACACGUCCUUUCUGAGAAAGGACCAGAGAGAGGGGGUCCUGUCACCUCGUGAUCCAGAAUCCAUCCCACAGCCAGGAUACAAGCCUGCUGGGCCAUACCCAUCUCCACAUCCCCGUCACUCUCCCUGGAAUCUGCGCCAGGAGAGUCCCCUCCCUCCUCAGCCCAUGGGACACACUCCCUCUGAUAAGCUGUGCGGGACGGCGAUUCCGCGUUGCUCUGAUUCCCCUCGUGGACCAGACACUCCUCAGCAGGACACUUGGCCUCAAUUGAGGCAACAGUCUGGGGAACCAACCCCACUGGUGACCCUGUACCCAGAGGGAGACGGGGGGCGGGGGGUGUGACAGGUGAGGGACAGCUGAAGGUGGGGGGGGGGGGGUGUCAGCGGAGGAAGGGCCAGUGGUAUCACCCUGUGUCGCUGAGGCAGAGUUGGCCACCCGACGAUUCAGGCAAUUCUUUCCAAUAUGCCUAAACUCCUUACAGGCCUGGCACCGCGGGAACCCAUAGACCAGGGAACGGUAUAGUAUUGUCCCUUAAAAUAAACCUGAAGCUGCCCCUGUGCAUCCCCACCCCGCUCCAGCUGCAUCGGCAGACGGUGCUGGAAUGAGAAUAGGUGCUCAUAACCCCGGGGAGGUCUCCUGUACCGUAUCGGGGUUAUUUCUGAACGCACCUCGCGAUGCAGCGCAGAUUGGGGAAUAGGGCCUCGUCAGGGAGGUGGGGGUGGACAUCUGAGAGGAUGACCGACUGCACGGGGCCCAGGACCGGCUCCAUCUGCAUAAAAACCCUCCCCACCCUCAACCCCUUAUUCACCCCACGGUGACUUCAGAUAAAACAGGGUUUCCCCGUUCAAUACCGCUGACACAACGAUACCCUCACGGCCUCCAACAGUCUCCGCCGUGGCAUUCCUACCGACUGAAGUGGGCACAGUACACUGCACAGUGUUCUUUAAAGUCAGGGAUUUGAACGAGUGGGUAUCUUGGUGAGCUGGAACUCCCGACCCCGCAGUCAAAUUCAAAACAUCAACACCACCGCUGGGAUAUUACACAGUCUACACCCAGCGGAACACCAGCAACAGUCAAAAAGGAGCCGUUCAGAGACGGGACGGGAUGGGAGGGAGAAAAGGAGAGGACAGGCAGGGAAGUCCGUGUUGUGUUAAAAACCUCAGCACCGUCUGUGUAGCGGCGAACAAUGAAUGCUUUUCCCGGGCCGGUCCGCUGUUCCUCUGGCCGUUCCAAAGUCUGGAACCCUCUUCACCCUGGGAUAGGCACUCGGAAACGUCCCUGCUCCCAAACCCUCUUCACCCUGUCACCAUGGGAUAGGCACUCCGAAACGUCCCUGCUCCCAAACCCUCUUCACCCUGUCACCCUGGGAUAGGCACUCCGAAACGUCCCUGCUCCCAAACCCUCUUCACCCUGUCACCCUGGGAUAGGCACUCCGAAACGUCCCUGCUCCCAAACCCUCUUCACCCUGGGAUAGGCACUCCGAAACGUCCCUGCUCCCAAACCCUCUUCACCCUGUCACCCUGGGAUAGGCACUCCGAACGGGAUGGGUUUCUGCUGUUACAAACGUCCCUGCUCCCAAACCCUCUUCACCCUGUCACCCUGGGAUAGGCACUCCGAAACGUCCCUGCUCCCAAACCCUCUUCACCCUGUCACCCUGGGAUAGGCACUCCGAACGGGAUGGGUUUCCACUGUUACAAACGUCCCUGCUCCCAGCAAUGUCAGAUUUGAAUUUUUGGCAAAAUCCACCAUUUGCACCCACUGUUGAGUGCUGAGAGACAGUGCAAACUUCACCAAACUGACCCGUCCAGGCAAGGAAAUUGUUAUCUGAGAUGAUUCUCCACACUACCAACCCUUCUGGCGGCCUUUUGCAGCAAGUUUUCGGCUUUAGGAGAGUGUGCUCCAACAGCGUGAGCCUCUGUCAGUAUGCCCCUCCAUGGACAGUGUGACUUUCCCUCAGCACCUCAGUUUUUGGCAGAAACUCAGCCAUUUGGUGUGUGCCAGCAGAGGGUGCUGGAACUCUGCAACCCCAGAGAGAGAAAUACAUAGGCUCCUGUUUGCAGACAUUCGCCUACACAGUUGUGAACACAUGGGCGUUUUCUCUCCCCCCCCCCCCCCCCCAUACACACUUACAGAGGUUCUCCAUACAAACUGCGGACGAUGCUGAGGAUGUUCUCCGAGUCUGUGGUAGCCAGUGCUAUCACGUUUGCUGUUGUGUGCUGGGGCAGCAGGCUGAGGGUAGCAGACACCAACAGAAUCAACAAACUCAUUUGUCAGACCAGUGAUGUUGUGGGGGUGGACCUGGACUCUCUGAUGGUGGUGUCUGAAAAGAGGAUGCUGUCCAAGUUGCAUGCCAUCUUGGACAAUGUCUCCCAUCCACUCCAUAAUGUACUGGUUAGGCCCAGGAGUACAUUCAGCCAGAGACUCAUUCCACCGAGAUGUAACACUGAGCGUCAUAGGAAGUCAUUCCUACCUGUGGCCAUCAAAGUUUACAACUCCUCCCUCGGAGUGUCAGACACUCUGAGCCAAUAGGUUGGUCUGGGACUUAUUUCCACUUGGCAUGAUUAACUUCUUAUUAUUUAAUUAUUUAUGGUUUUAUAUUGCUAUAUUUCUUCACUAUUCUCGGUUGGUGCGGCUGUAACGAAACCCAAUUUCCCUCAGGAUCAAUAAAGUAUGUCUGUCUCACACACACACAAACUCACUCACACGUAUCCUUUCUCUCACACACACAGGUUCUCACAUACAAGCUCUCUCUCUGUCACACACACACACACACACACACACACACACGUACCCUCUCUCUCACACACACAGGUUCUCACAUACAAGCUCUCUCUCUCUCACUCACACACACACACUCUCUCACACACACACACACACACACACACACACGUACCCUCUCUCUCACACACACAGGUUCUCACCUACAAGCGCUCUCUCUCUCUCUCUCUCUCUCUCACAUUCACUCACACACACACACAUGUACCCUCUCUCACACACACACAGGUUCUCACAUACAAGCUCUCUCUCUCACACUCACUCACACAUACCCUCUCUCUCUUUCACACACACGUUCUCACAUACAAGCUCUCUCUCACUCACACACACACACACACACACACACACACGUACCCUCUCUCUCUUUCACACACACACAGGUUCUCACAUACAAGCUCUCUGUCUCUCACACGUACCCUCUCUUUCACACACACAAGUUCUCACAUACAAGCUCUCUCUCACUCACACACACACACACACGUACCCUCUCUCUCUUUCACACACACACAGGUUCUCACAUACAAGCUCUCUCUCUCUCACACGUACCCUCUCUUUCACACACACAGGUUCUCACAUACAAGCUCUCUCUCUCUCACACUCACUCACACAUACCCUCUCUCUCUUUCACACACACGUUCUCACAUACAAGCUCUCUCUCACUCACACACACACACACACAGGUUCUCACAUACAAGCUCUCUCUCUCUCACACUCACUCACACGUACCCUCUCUUUCACACACACAAGUUCUCACAUACAAGCUCUCUCUCUCUCACACUCACUCACACAUACCCUCUCUCUCUUUCACACACACGUUCUCACAUACAAGCUCUCUCUCACUCACACACACACACACACACACACACACACACACACACACACACACACACACACACAGAGGUUCUCACAUACAAGCUCUCUCUCUCUCACACUCACUCACACGUACCCUCUCUUUCACACACACAAGUUCUCACAUACAAGCUCUCUUCUCCCACUGGAGGAACUGUUUCCACGUCCAGCCCAUCAGAACCCCUCAGGAUCUGACUUGCUUUAACUGUCCCCUCUCACCUUCCAGUGGAUACAAGCCUGGCCACUUCAGUCAUUUUGCAUACAAGAAAACCCACCCUCUACAGGGUACCAGCCCAGUAAAUCUCUGAACAUUUUCCAAUAUAUUAACGUCUCACCUUAAGUUAGGGGAUCACUACCACACAAGGAAGGUAGAUGUGAUCUCAGCAGUGUGCACAACUCCUUCCUCACUUCGCUAUCCAACUUCACCACAAUAAUUUUACAUAGAACAGUAGAGCACAUUGCAGGCCUUUGGGCGCACGAUGCUGUUCCGCUCUCUUAACCUACUCGAAGAUAAAUCUUGUCCUUCCCUCCCACGUAGUCCAUUAUGCUAUCAUCCAUGUGUCUAUCAUAAGAGUUUCAUAUAUUCCUUAAUGUAUCUGCCUCUACCAUCACCCCUGGAAGGGCAUUCCACACACACACCCCACCUUCUAUUCAAAAAAAACAAUGACCUCCACCCCGAUACUUUGCCCCAACACCUUAAAAUAUUAUCCUUUGCAUUAGUUUUUCCACCCUAGGAAAAAGUCUCCGUCCAUCCGCUCAAUCAUUACUUAUUUUUUUUCUUUUUGUGUUCUUAAAUACAAGUGUUACCCAACUCCCACGUCCCGUUAGCCAGACCUGUGAAACUCCGUGUACUGUUCAGAUAGCAUUACAGUUCCCCUGGCCUCCAGCAGGUGGCAGCAGGACACUGUACAAUCUCCAUCGGAGAUUAUAGACAAUCCCACAGUCACAGUUACCCCCAGG